AGAGAAAUGGACCAGUGUUGGUGAAAGGUUCACCCGAGUUUCGAUGUUGUUGUUGUUGUUGUUGUGCCACAUUAAACAAUCUCGCGCAAUUAUAAUCGUACCUUAACAGAACGUGUUGACAGGGUGAUAUUCGUGUAGGAAUUUUUUUGGUAAUAAAAAAAUCAUCGUCAAUAGGUCGACUUGUAAAUCAGUCGAGAACACUUUUUACGUCACUUCGCCGAUGCACAAUUCUACACAGUACGAUGAAAACCGUUUGCAUUUUUCUGACUAUUAUAGCAGUAUUGCAAAUUUAAAAAAAUAACUAGAAGCCACCGUUGACAUAUUUAGUACCUAACCCGAAAGUGGCCAUGCACCCGUUUUACAACACUUAUAGUGUCAGCGGUGAUCAUAAUAUAGGCAAUGUCGAGCAAAAUCUAUUUACUGACCACAAUUGGGUACCAUCGACACAAUCGCCGAUUUUAAAUAAUACGCCCAUGAAAGACAUUGAAGCUUGUCUAGAAACAGUAUCUAACACCAAUAUUAGUGUUAUUAAACCAGGACCUCAUCAAACAUAUUCAUCCGAAAAUUCGAGUGAUAAAAUUCCAGAAAGUAAUUCAUUAAGUCACCAGGAACACCCAAAAUUAACAGGAGUCGGGGCAGUGUUAGAAAUGAAACAUCUGUGGGAAGAAUUCAACGAGCUGGGUACAGAAAUGAUAGUUACUAAAGCAGGCCGGCGAAUGUUCCCUACUUUCCAAAUAAGACUUUUUGGUCUGGAUCCUAUUGCAGAAUACAUGCUCAUGAUGGAUUUUGUUCCGGUAGAUGACAAGAGAUACAGAUAUGCGUUCCACAGUUCAAGUUGGGUGGUAGCUGGGAAAUCAGAUCCUAUUUCACCGCCGAGAGUGCACAUACACCCAGAUUCACCGGCAUCUGGAAGUCAGUGGCUGAAACAAGUUGUAUCAUUCGACAAACUCAAGUUAACCAACAACCAAAUGGACGACAAUGGACACAUAAUUUUAAACUCCAUGCAUCGAUAUCAACCCAGAUUUCACGUGCUCUACAUUCCCGGACGAGACGACGGCCCUUCACAUUCCUCAAACAACUUUAAAACGUUCAUGUUCCCAGAGACCAAGUUCACAGCCGUAACAGCAUACCAAAAUCACAGGAUUACACAAUUGAAAAUAGCCAGUAACCCAUUUGCAAAAGGAUUCCGAGACUGUGAAACCGACCAGGAAUGCGGCUCAAUGGCCUUAGACGGCGACACGCAAACUGCUAAUAAUAAUAAUAAUAAACCGCAAUGCAAAAAAAAUGUUACUGGCAUACACAAUAACAAUAACUGUAUUCAGUUCCCGAAUAAAGAAACGACCGGAAGUUUGGGUGUGGACAGCACGUACAACAGCGACAGCUCGUCGUCGUCAUCGUCAACAGCGUCUGCAUCACCAUCUCACCUAACCGCGGCCGUGACAAUGCACAGUCAAUCUCACGUGUCAACCGCGGCUGCACCUUCCGUCCCAACAACACCUUAUCUGGGUCAAAUGUGCAACUACGGACCGAUAUUCGCUUCGCCCGCUUAUGCUCAUCAUAACUACUCUCCGUUUCAUGGAUACGAUAGAUUACACCAAAAAAAUACUGGGCCAGAAGUAGCAACCGGAUACCACAUGCCUUACCAACAUCAUUAUCACCACAGGCAUCCAACGUUUCAUAGUACCCAAAAAAUAGCAAACACAUUUGUGCAAAAUGAUUAUGUGCCUAGAUGAAACAAAACACCUAGUCAAUAAAGAAAAAAUAAUUAUUUACUCAUUCACGCAGGACAUCGAUGCUAUUUUUUUUUUAUACAUUGUUAAUAAUGUAAAUAUUGUAAAAAUUUGUGAUACUCGUAUACUUAUACAUAAUAAUUAGUUUUAACCUAAAGAUUAAUAAAAAUGUUAAAAAAUAUAUUUUU